AUGGCUCUAUUUGCUCGGGUGACUUGCUACCCGCCGUUGGGCCAAAUCACCAACUGGCACCGGCAGCAAGCAGUUGACCCGGACGCGGAUGAUACGGUGACCUUCACGGUGGUUGUCGAAUCAAGUACUUCUCUUCCGACACAGUCGUGGGAAGCUCAGGUCUGGCAUAAUAUCGGCAGUACCGAGUGGUCCGCGCUGCCACUGAGCGCUUGCGACUCCUCUGUUGCGCCACUGUUAAAUGGGACUGAAGAGAACUACAAGUAUCACCGUCAUGUCUUCCGUGGCGAGAUUCACUUACCGCCAACUGCUGUGCAUGCGCAAUUCACCACGCGUUUUCGAACAGGCCCUGACGUCGAAUGGCAAUGGGCGAAUCAGCAGGAGUGCGUCGGCGAUGGAGAACUUGUGAUUGCCGCAAAGUCAGACAAAUCAGGAGCUGUAGCUGCCGACUCGGGGAAUGCCGCAGAGGAGCUUGCCAAAUACAUCGAUAACCUGUCUCCUGAACUGACGGUCGAAUCACGGCGAACAGAGGCACCCGGGUCGGUACUCUGGCAAAUUCGGGGAGAGGUGGACGCAGCUCAGCAAGACGUGUCUGGUACGAAAGAGGUCACUCUGGGGACACCCUCGUCAUGGAUCAAGUUCUUCUCACUGGUGCGCAUCUGGAGUCCUUGGCUUGGUCCCCGACACGGUAAGAAUCGUUUUCAUUUGACAGAAGAUGCGAUUUUUUGCUCGUUUCUUCGCAAAGAUGGAACGCAUCUUGUGCUCUUGGCGAUAUCCGGAGUUAAUGAUGUAUUGACUGUCUUUCAGUCGAGUGGUGACGGUGAAGUUGUCCUUCAGGCCCGCAAUGACAACAGCGAGAGGACGGAAUUCCAAAUCGUGGCAGCAGUCGCCAAAGACUUUGAGGUCGCAAUGUGCGCCGUCAUGUACGAAUCACGGAAAAUUGUGAAACCGUUCGAGAGUAAUGAAAAGUCCCCCUCGGAGCAAGCGGUCUCACCCAUGCCCGAUGAGGAUGUCGUGGUGGUGGAAAAGGACAUGAAAACACAAUGGCUUGCCGAUUGGAUUGAUGGCCUGACCUACUGCACCUGGAAUGGCCUGGGUCAAAAUCUCAACGAGGAAAAAAUUCUCCACGCCCUGGACUCGUUGAAAGCGAAUGAUAUUCAUAUCGUGAAUCUCAUCAUCGAUGACAAUUGGCAGAGCCUCGAUAAUGAAGGAGAGUCUCAGUUCCGGCGGAGAUGGAAGCAAUUCGAGGCGAACCCCAAGGCAUUUCCACGUGGUCUCCAGCGAACAGUCGACACUAUCCGUCAAAGCCAUCGCAAUAUCGGCCACAUCGCGGUUUGGCACGCUUUGCUGGGCUAUUGGGGUGGCAUUUGCCCCGAUGGAGACCUCGCACAAAAAUACAAGACGAAAGAGGUUAAGGUCAAGGAUCCUGCGGCAGGGGGCCCGAUUGCACACAACGUAGGGGACGGCAAGAUUCUGACCAUCCAUCCCGAUGAUGUGCAGAGAUUCUAUGACGACUUCUACGGGUCUCUGAGAUCGUGGGGUGUAGACUCGGUCAAAGCUGAUGCACAGUUCUUCCUCGAUCUCCUGGAUUCCGCGAAUGACCGCAAGCAAUACAUGGCAUCGUACCAAGAUGCCUGGUCGCUGGCAACUCUGAGACAUUUUAGUAAUCGGGCAAUCUCGUGCAUGUCACUCAUCCCUCAGAUGAUCUUCCAUUCGCAAUUGCCAACAAAUAAGCCUUCCAUCACCCUGCGAAACUCGGAUGACUUCUUCCCAGAGAUUCCGUCAUCGCACCCAUGGCACGUGUUCUGCAAUGCACAUAAUGCUCUUUUCACCCGGUACCUGAAUGCUCUGCCGGACUGGGACAUGUUUCAGACAAGCCACUCUUACGCUGCUUUCCAUGCUGCUGCCCGCUGCGUGUCUGGUGGACCCAUCUAUAUCACCGACGAACCCGGCAAGCAUGAUGUGAAUCUCAUCAAUCAGAUGACUGCACUGACUGUGCAGGGGACCACCGUGAUCCUUCGUCCGAGCGUGAUUGGUCGUAGUCUCGACGUAUACCAUGACUACAACGAGGGACAUAUCCUGAGAGUCGGAAGCUACACCGGUUGGGCCAAGACUGGAAGCGGUAUUAUAGGUCUUUUCAACAUACGCCCGGCCGAGGCUUCGUGCAUCGUCUCCUUGACUGAUUUCCCAGGAAUUCACGAGAAUUCUGAUGGAGACUAUGUGGUACGCGCACACACUAGCGGCAAAGUGACGAAUCGCCUUAAACCACGCGUCAACGAUGCUCUGGCUGCGAUUGUUCUCGAGCCAAAGGGCUGGGAAAUACUUACCGCCUAUCCCACCCAUUCCUUCGAACUCAAAGAGAGACAUGGCAAGGCCGGUUUGAAGUCGCUCACUCAUGUGGCCAUCCUCGGCCUAAUAGGGAAAAUGACAGGCGCGGCUGCUGUAGUUUCCUCGGACACAUCCGUGGUGGAAAACGGGCGGCUUCGCUGCGAUGUACACUUGAAGGCACUUGGGACACUUGGUCUGUACAUCUCAGAUCUAGCCGAUCGCAGCAUUGAAGAUGAUUUUAUGAUCACAAUUCUUGGACAGCCGGUUCCGCAGCGCGCCGUCUGGAAGGAAGGUGGAGAGAUGGGCAAUGUUCUGGCUGUUGACGUCCUCGCCGCUUGGAAGGAGAUGAAACUCGACAGUGGGUGGAGCAACGAGGCCUUUGUUCGGAUUUUUAUGGCAUAA